GCUCCCGGGCCCCGGACGGGCGGCUGAUGUCCUACACAGAAGUGAGGCUGAUUAACGCACACAUGCGAAUUGCUGGAGGAGAGGCUGAAGGACACCUUGUUCUGAUUUAUCAGCGUUGUUAUUCUUCAGUACAGAUUUCAACAAAUGAAUUUUCUGUAACCAAGAUGCAGAGCCUUUCACUGGUAGAAAGUCUCAGUAAUCCAGACUCAACUCGCCUGAUGUCUCUAAAAGACCCAGCAGUUGCAGUAGGUGAUACGUCUCUCGACGAAAGUGACUGUAACUUGAAUGAAAGGACAAUUAAUGAAAAAAAUAUUAAUCUUGAAGUAAUGGAGCAAAGCCUCCCUGUGAACAGCAAAGGGAGAAGUUGUGAAGGGUUUGCUGAGAGCAGUUAUAGUACCUCAGAACCCAGCAGUUCCUGGGGUGAUUUUGAAGGCUUCAAGGAGCCCUUAGACGAAUCGGAGAGAUUCAGUCAUAAUCCUGAAGUUUUGCUGAAUUCAACAAAAACUUCUAGAGUUGAUACGGACUUGAGCAGAGGAUACUGCAGAGCUUCUGCUGGUCGCUUUUGCUCUGAGCCACCUCUACAAAGUGGGAUACAGGAGCCUUCGAGCUCUCUCAGUGAGGUAAACCACAGCUAUGAGGAUAUUUUCAAGUUGGGCUUUCCAGAAAUCUUUGUGUCACAGUCCAGAGAGAGCAUAAAAAGCUUAGAUCAAGUGCUUAAUACGAAUAAUGAAGAUGCUGGGAUUCCUGAACUUAUGAAGAGUCAAAUUUGUGUUGAUUCUGGAAACAUAUGGAAAAUACUUAGAGACACUGAUAAUACCCCCAGCUUAAGACACCCCUGGAGUAAAUCUCAUUGCCAAGAAAACCUCUUGAGUGUUCUCGGAGUAGGUGCAAAUCAGAAGGACUUUGCAGGGAGCCAGGAUGAAAUUUUUGAGGAAUCAAAUGUUAAAGAACAUGAAGACUUCAGGUUUGAUGGAUUUGAUGUUAAAGAUUGCAAAGCAGUGAUCCAGACCAAGCUCUCUGUAUCAUCGGAUUCCAGACAUGGUCAUCUUUUCACCCGUAACCUCUUUUUUAAAACCACAUCUUCAAAUGGAAACAUGCAAUGUAUAACAGCUCCAAGGAAGAAGCAUAUUUUUGCUAAACACAAUCUAAAAAUGAAGUUUUUCAGUAGUGAUGUUUGUUGAACAAAUUGCGUUUUCUAAUCUUUUUUUUUUCUUUUUGAGACAAAUGCAGUUUACCUUCAUUUUGUUACCGACUUGGUACUAUAGACUACAUAUGUUCUUUAGGGAAGUUACGUAUUACUACAUAUGAAGUACCUAAAGCCACAUUAUUAGAAGGCAUUUAUCCUGUUUAGUUGUGAAGUUAAAGGGGUAAUUUCAUCCUGCUGAGUUCUGCUGCACUCACAUCUCUUGCAGUAAAUCUAGCUGCAGCCACAUGUGACAUAUUCUGGUAGACCACUCUCCUGAACUACUGACCUUUCAGGCCUUAAUGCCUCUUCAAUCAAAAACCUCGUUUCCCUGCCAAAAUCUGUGUUGUGAAGUGUGCCUUGUCACCGUCUUCCCUCGUGUUUGAUCCAGUUUGGAUCAGCUGAGAUCUGUCACUUGGCCACUGCUGAACAUCAUGAGUGGAGCCUUUUAUCUCUGGUGGCUUCCACUGGGGUUUAGGAGAAUAAAAGCAGUUGAGAUCCCAUCUGAUAAAGUCUGCUGUGGUAAUAUGGAGAGGGUCAGUGAAACAUUUUGUUCUGGUGUUGGUUUUUCACUGAAAUAAAUCACUUUGUUGGAGCCGAUUGUCAUACAACUUUGUGGAUUCAUUCAGCCACCAAACACUCCAGCCAUAACC